CUCUGCGCCUCCAGACAGCUCUUUCACUCCGUUGGCUCACAAGGGCAUGGGGCCUUCCCUCACCGCACCCUGAGACAACAGAGCCGAGAGUGACCAGAAGCCAUGGAUUCCACCUUCUCUUUUGGGGUGAUCCUUGCCACUCUGGCCUGCUUCAUCAUCGCAAUCAAUGCCCUGGUGGCGGUGGCCGUGUUUCUGCUGAUCCACAAGACCGACAGCAUCAGCCUCUGCUUCACCCUGAACCUGGCCGUGGCCGACAUCCUCAUCGGCGUGGCCAUCUCCGGCCUCGUCACCGACCAGCUCUCCAAUCCGUCCCACUCCACCCAGAGGACCCUGUGCAGCCUCCGCAUGGCCUUCGUCACCUCCUCCUCCGCCGCCUCCGUCCUCACCGUGAUGCUGAUCGCCUUCGACAGGUACCUGGCCAUCAAGAAGCCCUUCCGCUACUUCCAGAUCAUGAACGGGCCCCUGGCCGGGACCUGCGUGGCCGGCCUCUGGUUGGUGUCCUACAUCAUUGGCUUCAUCCCGCUGUGGAUGCCCUACUUCCAGCAGGCCACGUACCAAGGCCCCUGCAGCUUCUUCUCCGUGUUCCAGCCCCGUUACGUUCUGAUUCUGUCCGUCGGGGGCUUCUUCCCUGCCCUGCUGCUCUUUGUCUUCUUCUACUGUGACAUGUUCAAGAUCGCCUCCCUGCACAAUGAGCAGAUCCGGAAGAUGGAGCUUGCCGGAGCCCCGGAAGGCCACUGUCCUUCCCUCAGGGCUUCCGGGGACCUCAAGGCACUCCGGACUGUGGCUGUGCUCAUCGGGAGCUUCACCCUGUCCUGGGCCCCGUUCCUCAUCACCAGCAUCGUGCAGUCUGCCUGCCAGCACUGCCAGCUCUACCAAGUGCUGGAGAGGUACCUGUGGCUGCUCGGAGUCGGGAACUCUCUCCUCAACCCACUCAUCUAUGCCUACUGGCAGAAGGACGUGAGGAUGCAGCUCUACCAGAUGGCUGUGGGAGUGAAAAAGAAAUUGAUGCUGCUCUUCUUCCUCAGACACCCCAGGGAUCCCGGCCCAAGGGAGACCAGGGAAACUUCCUGCCAAGUCAUCACUAUCACCCGUGGCCACCUGGAGGGCUGAGCCGGGAGACUGGCCAGCCACUCUGGGCCCCUGGAAAGUUGGGUGUAAAUCAAAUUCGACUUCAAAGGAGCCUUGAAUACAACAAGGACCACCCUGGAUUUAUGUCGUCCAUUGAGAUUUGCAGAUCGCAUAUUUGUAUUUGUAUCAAAAUUUUUGUACUAGUAACUGAUCCCAAGCCCAGUGGACAGAAAAGUGCAUCCUUGGGGCAAAUUUGAUUCCCCCAAGUGCCACUCCCCUCUCCCCUUACAAAAUGUGCCCAACCUCCCUCUCUCUCUUUCCUCUGUGACUAAGGAGUAAGGUCCUGAACCGGUGUUUCCUUCCUGCUGCUGGCCCACAUCAGUGAUAUAUAGCUGGUGGGUGCUCAAUAAAUGCUUGUUGCCUUCAAUGCA